UUCCUAGCCAGAGUAGAACCCUAGCAGCAGAUCGGGCAGCCGCCGGCCGGGAUGGAGGGGCUCGACGUCGACGACGUCUUCCACCACUACCGGCUGAGCCCUACGGAAGUGGAGGCCGUCACCUACUACCUGCCACGCCUCCUCUCCGGCGAGACGCUGCACGGCGCCAACAAGCUCAUCCACCGCGUCGAAAUCUCCGGCUGCGAGCCCAAGGAUCUGGCCGCCCGAUACGCGCCCGCGCCGCAGGCCGUGAGCAGCGGCGAUCGGUUCUUCUUCACCACAUGCAAGAGCAAGAACGGGAGCAAGCUCCAGAGCGUGCGCGGCGCCGGCAGCGGCACCUGGAGCAUCCAGAAGACCACGGAGAUUUGCCACGCGGGAUGCAAGGUCGGCGAGAUCAAGAACCUCUCCUUCAAGAAGAAGGGCAAGUCCACCGGCUGGGUCAUGGAGGAGUACCGGUGCCUGCUGCCGGAGGCCACCGUCAGCGACGGGGUGAAGGUGUUCUGCAAGAUGCACUUGGCUCAGCAUGCUCCUGACGCGGCCCGCCAGGAAUCGGAAGCGUACAAGCUUCAGCAACAGCAACGAGAGGCCGUGACCCCGAGCACGCACGCGCAGAAGAGGCCAGCGCCGGCUGCCGCCGCCGAUCCUCAUCCGCCGCGCCCCAAGAAGAGGAUGCGCGGUGCCGUCCCCGUCCCAGGACCUGCCACACCGUCGUUCUUGAUGUAUGAUGAUGCAGCCAGAGCAUCAUCCGAGUCCACUACAGCAUCCAACCACUCUGACGUUGCUUCUUCCUCCCAGUCAGAUGUGCUGGAGUCCACCCAAUCAGUUGUGCUGGAGUCUGUCAAGCAUUACAGCCAACAACAGAUUGUUCCUGAGGCUGGCUCAAGCAUUGCAAGGAGCUCAUCUGAAGAGGAUGUCUUUGAGCCGGAUGGGGAGGCAGAUGGUUUUGAUAUCGAAGAACUAAUGAGAAUGAUGGAAGCCGACCCAAUUGAAGUUGAGCCGGUCACUGGAACCAACACUGGCGUGGAGAUGGGCCAACAGGAACCUCUGUACCUGGAUGCCUUGGACCAAGGCGUGCUGGAGGGUAUGCUGCAGUCCGAUUGCCCUGCCUUCCAUGAUGCUGACAAGGAGAAGAGGUACAAUGCCGCGUCGGAUCUUGACGCCCCAUCGCUGCUUCAGGGACAGGACCACUUGUUCAAACCGCGGCCGUGCUCCUUUGAUCCAUUUGAAGCAGCGUGGAAUGACGAAGAGGCGCUCGAGAAGGAGAAGAGGUACAAUGCUGCGGCCAAUCUUCACGCUGGAGGGCACAGCAACUUCUUCUCGCCUGCAAGUGUCUAUUAAAUCCGAUGUUGAAGUUCUUCUCAAAGUGUAUACGAGGAUACUCACUGGCUGAUGUAUUAGUUCGUCCAUGUACGAUCGCCACGGAUGUACCUCUGAGCAAUUUGCUCCAAUUGUUCAUGCAAGCUAG